CGCCGCGAAUGCUCACCCACAAACAAAGGCAAUUGUCAGUCAGACAGUCCAGAGUCAGUGAUUUUCAUUCAAAAAUUGCACAAACACAAUCGCCCACUGUUGUAAACAUUCAAAAUCCGAAACAGUUUCGUCGGAAAAGUUUAUUCGGAGAAGUUCCGAAGUGCAAAUCGCGGGAGAGUGCCAUCGGUCGGGUCCCACUUUAGUUCAGCAUCUCGUGGCUUCGUAACGGAGCAAAGUGCUGACGGUAUAAGAGUAACAAGACGACACUGUUCGGCUCGACAUCCGUGUCAUCAUUCGUGCUGCGUUCCGGAAUCGUGGUGUGUUCCGGAUUGUGCCCUACCUAAUAAAGCCUGAUACUCUGUUCAUUUCCGGACGUCGGUAACAUAUUGGACUGGAACGCAAAUACGGACCAUCGUCGGAUUCGCGGGGGAAGAAGACGGUUCCUCGGUGGAAGAAAUCGGAAUUCAUACCACGAAAACGGUGCUUAUAUCGGAAAUCUGUGACUGAAGAAAGUUCUCUCAAGCAGAAGAAGUAGUGAAGGGAAAACUCUUCCGGAUCGAGGGAAGAAGCGGUAGCGCCAUACGACGAUGUUAUUGGACACAAUCGGACAGUGAGAAAUUUACGACCACUUUGGGAAUAAUCGUCGGAGUCCGGGUCCGGGUCGUGUUUGCCGAACAGAGCACUUUUUUUCCUAGUGGAUAGUUUGCCUCAAACAGUGGAAGGUUUACCUUGAAGAAGCGGAGUUUUGUUUCUCUGUUUGUUUGGCCGCCGCCGUUGCCGCUGGCCUUGUCUUCGAGAUACGAGGGGGCAGAAAAAUCUUAUUGUUUUCUCAAGUGGUGGUGCUUUAUCAUAAAUUCAGAAAGAACUCGAAGGCCCCUGUCGGGGUGAUUCUGAGUGGCGAGGGGUUGUGGCAACUCGUGCUUCGGUGCGGCGUAGCGCAAGGUGGAGCUUUAUGACCAUUCGCCAGUCCCAGCACAGCCCAAGUUAGAAUUCGUCUCUACAUAGUAGCAGAAAGUCGUCGUCGUCGGAGAGCUUCAUUCGUUGGACAGACGCUGCCGCCGCGGGAACUGCUUGAAGGCGCGGGAGGAAGCGCAAGGGGUUGUGAUAGCGCACGGAAUCAAAUCAGUUCUACCGAGGAGAAGAAGCUCAUUUCGGAAAGCGGAGAACACCAGUCCAGAGUCUUCUUCGGGAGCGCGAAUUGCCAGUUCCAGUUAUAUCAACAAAGCGUCACUUCGCUCCUCUGGGGUUGGAGAUUUCUGCUUGGGAGCAUGUGCUAAUAGGUUUAACACUCGCGGCGCGUUCGGAAAUACGAUUCUCGCGUCGAGUCAGUCAGUCAGUCAGUGUGGCAAAGAGUGCGGUAGGCCACGCACGUGUUUCUGUUUUCUUUUCGGCUGGUCCGUUGAUAUGGCGAGUUGGGAAUUUCUGGGCGCUAUUAGAACACCCGUUAAUCGCAUUCAUUACAAGUGGUGAGCUGUUCUGAAGAAGAAGGCCAAAACGUUACACGGUCAUCCGCCGCGAGUUACUUAUAAGUGUUCUGGUUUUUGGGUGGUUAGCUAGUUAAGUGAAUCUACAUCGAAGAAUGAAGAAAAGUGAAUUAGUGUAGUGAAACAGAAGAAGAAAACAUAAGUCCGCCCUGGCGAUCCCAAUGGAGGUCCCUCGGCAGACUAAUCAUUCCAGAACGAGAAUCAAUUGUAAGUUAGUUGCUGCCAUCGUCGGCGCAGUCCCUGGUCAUCGUCAUCAGUCGAUUGAACAAAUGCUCAACGAGCGCUAAUCGCUAAACCAUUAAUCGAAGCUGAAACACAACAGGUGGUUACAACUACACAUCAGGAGAAGAGCCAACCAGCACACUUAAAGUAAGCGAAUUUAUUGAUCCCGCGGUACAAUCACACAUAUCUCCUCCGGCGCAAAAACGCGCACAAAUACGCGCAGCAACGAGCCCUAAAGCGAGCUAAACCAUCAAACCAGAAAACCAAAGACUGCACAAUGCGAUACAUGAUGCGCAACCGGAAGCUGAUGGUUGCGGCCAUGUUCGGCGGGACGCUGCUGCUGAUCCUGCUGCUGAAGGAUUCGGAACUGGGAGCGCGCUGUUUGCGAGGGGCGACGUCACCAGGAGGGGCGAUGAUACGUGGCGAUGGUGGGGGUGGGAGUGGCCUCGAAGGCGAGGGCGAUGGCACAAGCAAAAACUAUCGCUACCAUCGGAAUAUGCCGCUGAUUUUCAUCGGAGGAGUGCCCCGGUCGGGGACGACGCUGAUGCGGGCCAUGCUGGAUGCACAUCCGGAAGUGAGAUGUGGCCAGGAAACUCGUGUUAUCCCUCGGAUCCUCCAGCUGCGGUCGCACUGGAUGAAGUCGGAGAAGGAAUCCGUCCGGCUGGUCGAGGCCGGCAUCACCAAGGAAGUGCUCAACGGAGCGAUAGCGCAGUUCUGCCUGGAGAUCAUCGCUAAGCACGGAGAUCCGGCGCCCCGGUUAUGCAAUAAGGAUCCACUCACGCUCAAGAUGGGCACCUACGUCAUCGAGCUGUUCCCAGAGGCCAAAUUCCUUUUCAUGGUGCGGGACGGCCGGGCGACGGUGCAUUCCAUCAUAUCCCGCAAGGUCACCAUCACCGGGUUUGAUCUGACGAAUUACCGGCAGUGCAUGACCAAGUGGAACCAAGCGAUCCAAACCAUGCACGACCAGUGCAAGGAAAUCGGCAAGGAACGCUGCAUGAUGGUGUACUACGAACAGCUGGUGCUACAUCCGGAGGAGUGGAUGCGGAAGAUCCUGCACUUCCUGGACAUUCCGUGGAACGACUCGGUGCUGCACCACGAGGAGUUCAUCAACAAGGAGAACGGAGUGGCGUUGUCCAAAGUCGAACGAUCGUCGGAUCAGGUGAUCAAGCCGGUGAAUCUGGAAGCGCUCUCCAAGUGGGUCGACCACAUACCGGAGGACGUGGUUCGGGAUAUGGCGGAGAUUGCACCGAUGUUGUCGGUGCUGGGGUACGAUCCGUACGCCAAUCCGCCCGACUAUGGCAAGCCGGAUUCGUACGUGCAAGAGAAUACUUAUAAGGUCCAGGCGAACCCACAAAUGUGGGAGCACAAGGUGAAGGAGCUACUUAAUCGGGACGAAAAUCCUCUGCCCAAAGCGAACAAUAACAACAACAACAACGAGGACGAAGACGACUAUGGCAAUAAUAAGGAACGUAAAACGUGAUAUUAGAAAAUUUUAGCCUAUUUUUCAAUCAACCAACCAACCAUUGGGAUCCUCUGAGGGUCGCACUCCCAAGCGAGAAGAAUGGACCGGAUCGAGUCGGAUGUGUGUUGUUUUAGAGCACAGCGAGAGAUGUUAUAUAGAAACUGCAAACAAACAAUGAGCGAGCUUUAGUUAAAUUCUGUUAAUUCCUAUAGUUUUUGUGCGUGCAAUCGAGACAAUUUUAGCUGAACCGCGCCGCCGCCGAAAGCUGCCACCGUCGUCACCACCGCUACUAUUGAGCAAAAAAAAAGAUAAUAAGAAGAAAACCAGAGCUAUGAGCCAGAACUUAAGCCGUGAGUGCGAUUUAUGUGUCAAUAAGCGUAUCAAACCGACGAACGGAAACAUAUUGUGAGCACUUUUUAAAGAAAAUCAAGACAAACCAAGCUAAUCGUAGAUAACAAAACAAAAACUAUAAAUUAUUAUUUUAUAUAGGUACAAGUAAGUCUGUACACUUGUGUAAUUCGCAUCGAGGAGUGCAACAAAACUGACUGUGUAAAUAGUUGUGUAUGAUGUAUAGAUGAAUGCCGCAGCAAAGGGUUGCACCGAAAAAAUGGCCAGAAACGAAGUUUUUAAAUGUGUAUAAAGCAGAAACGAGAAAAUCAAAUAAAGAAAACAAUGAUUCAAUGGGGCACCUUUUCGCUUCUUCAAUGUUGAAAUAAUGAUAAA